CUGCGACUUGAUCUUCGCCGUCCAUCAUGUGGUGUACUCGAUGGUUCUUGCCUCUGUUACUACUCCCACUGCCAACGGCUCCUCCGUACUUCCUCCUUCUCUUCCUCCUGUCAUUGACAAUGCACGCAAAACCAUGUUUCUACUGCAUUAUACUCAUCACGAGCCUAUUCAUUUCCUCAUGCUACCGGCAGCCCUUCUCGCUCGAUACACCUUUGACCAGCCCUUGGGCGGAAAACAUCACUACUUACAGCCACGCACUUAGUGCCUCGUUGUCGUCUCUGCCACGACGGACGCUGAUGCCCACCACAAUACGUGCAGUCGAUCGUUGUUGGUGCGAUCUAUCCUCCGGGGCCUUUUUUGAGCCCUUCAAUAUGUCCCGAUGGGAACACAAUACUGUUAAUCGACUCAAGGAUGACUUGGAGCAUCAAUGGAAAGCGGAAUCGGCCAAUGCAACGAUUGACAUCGCUCAAAUGAACGAGGACUUUUCGCCGUCGGAUAUGUCGCGUAACAUUGUGGAAUCGAUAUGGUCCAUGAUUACUCGCAGCUCUUCGCAUUCGAGGGCUUCGGCUCCAGUGAUAACAGACACGCUUACGGGUGAUUACGUGGCGUCUGACGCGGAGGCUAGGUAUUCGCUGUUCCAUCGACAGCAUGAUUUACGGCCGUAUGGCGUAGACAUGAGGAUAGAUCUCAGCUGGUCGGGCAACAUGUAGUACCAAAUGCUUAUAUUUUCUUUCGCUGCGGAUAAUAGUCUGUAUGUAAUGAAGGACAACGGUAUACUACUGUAUUGCUAGUAAAAUUUUGCAACAAAAAUGGCC